GACGGCGGCAUCAGUCGGCGAGGAGCAACGGUGGUGCGUGUGUGUGUGUUCAAUCUUUUUCUUCUCCCGUGUCAAAUAAAGGUAAAACAACGAAAAAGAACAAAACGACGAGUGUGCAGUGCCCGCGCGGUGUUUUGGUGAUUCUUGUUUCGUUUCUCCGAGGUUUCUCAGUCUCUUCUCUCAAUAUAUCCCCUCUCUUUCUCCCGUUGUCGUCGAAUGUGAAAGCUUCGGAAAAAACCAUACGAUUACAACUCUCCUUUCGAAGCUCACUUCAGCCGCACGAAAGUCGGCGCGAGUGCAUCGCCGACGGUGAGCAGCUCGCCGAGGAGUGAGGCGCCCCCACCCCAUCCUCACCAGCAACGUCCCGGAAGCCCCGGACCAGCAGCAAGCGAGAGACUGUCGACAUGGACGGCAUGGACAACAAGCCCGUGCUCAACGACGACCCGUCGGUCACGCUCACCAUACGACUUAUCAUGCAGGGAAAGGAGGUCGGCAGUAUCAUUGGCAAGAAGGGCGAGAUCGUUAAAAGGUUCCGCGAGGAGUCUGGCGCCAAAAUCAACAUUUCCGACGGCUCGUGUCCGGAACGCAUAGUAACCGUGACCGGCCCGACGAAUUCCAUCUUCAAGGCGUUCACCCUGAUUUGUAAGAAAUUCGAAGAGUGGUGCUCGCAAUUCCACGACUCGCAAGGUGGCGGCGGCGGCACUGGAGUACCAAGGCCACCGAUAACACUGAGGCUCAUCGUGCCGGCGUCUCAAUGCGGCUCGCUCAUCGGCAAAGGCGGUUCCAAGAUCAAGGAGAUACGCGAGGUCACCGGUGCUUCCAUUCAAGUCGCCUCGGAGAUGCUACCCAACUCGACCGAGCGAGCCGUCACCAUCAGUGGCACCAGCGAGGCCAUCACUCAGUGCAUAUAUCACAUAUGCUGUGUCAUGCUAGAGUCCCCUCCCAAAGGCGCCACGAUCCCUUAUCGCCCUAAACCCCAAGUUGGUGGGCCAGUGAUCCUGGCUGGUGGGCAAGCCUUCACCAUCCAGGGUAAUUACGCGGUGCCCGCCCACUCGGACGCAGCCCUCCCGCCCGCACACCUCGUGGCAGACGCCAUGGGCAAGCUCGGCAGCAGUCCACUGGCUGGUCUGGCUGCACUUGGACUCGGUGGAUUAGCAACACCAGCCAACACCGGAGGACUCAAUCCAGCAGCAUUGGCAGCACUGGCGGGUAGCCAGUUGCGUACGAGUAACACGAACCGGCAACAACCCGCAGCAAACAACCAGACGCACGAGAUGACGGUGCCGAACGAGCUGAUCGGCUGCAUCAUCGGCAAGGGCGGUACGAAAAUCGCCGAAAUUCGUCAGAUAUCGGGUGCGAUGAUACGCAUCAGCAACUGCGAGGAGCGCGAGGGCGGCCCCACAGAUCGCACCAUCACCAUCACCGGCAAUCCCGACAGCGUAGCGCUCGCUCAGUAUCUCAUCAACAUGAGUGUCGAAUUGCAGAAAGCUAACCUAGAGGCCCAAAAUACCCAAAACCCUGGCAGCGGCACGUCACCCGGGGCGUCCGGUGGCAGUGCUAGCUCCCCCUCUACCACCACCAACACCACUGCCUCUCCUUUGGCGAGCGCCAUCCCGUUGGCCCAGCUGCUGAGUAAGCCGGGCGCCCUCAACGCCCUAUCGAGUCUUACGGCCCUUGGCGGCUUAACCGAACUCCUAGGUGGUGCCGCGAGCGUCGCUUCUGCAGCCAGCGCACUACCCGUUCAGACGACCGGCGUACAUCGCUCGCACAAGGCUUUCACGCCAAGACUACGAAGUCCCAGUGCACCUGGGCCCAUCGACAGCGGGAAAUUCAAGUCCGAGCGUGCCAAGUACAAUCCUUACUGAGUGCAGCAGCAGAACGGCGAAGACGAGCGCACCGAGUGAAUCUCGCGCGGCUCAUUACUUUUAUUCUUUCUUACUUUUCUUUUCUUCACUCACUUCUUGUGCCCUUUUUUUAUACGUGUAUACACUGCUCUUUGUUAAUCUUGUUUUCUAGGUUAUGUACUAUAGUCGGAACAAUCCCUGCUGGCACUUUUCCAAGUUUCCCAGAUGACUUGUUCGUCAUUUUUAGGGUAACCGUUUCAAAAUAAAUUAGAAAGAUAUUAAAAUAUGUCACACUUUGGUAACCUGGCGACGUGGAAUGCACAUUUGUGAAUUUUUAGAAUUGUAUCGAACCGCUACGAAAUGAAUUUAACAAAACGAUAAUGAUGAACUGUAUAAUGACGAACAAGUUUUGUUUAUGUCUAGGAACGUUUCGAAAAGUUCUAGUUAGACGUUGUUUUGGCAGAUUGCGCGAUACAAUGUCAUAACGAGUUUUGUUUUGUCUGCCCAUGAAUUUUUUUUUUUUUCAACGCGACUUGCACGCGUCUUUUAAGUUGUAUAAUCGUAAUCGUAUGAUCGUCGAGCUUGGAUCAGAUAUUUUUUUAUAGCUUGUAGCCAUUUAUCCAGUUUUCUUUUUGAGUACUUUUUUACUCGCUUUAUGAUGAAAGGACUAUAUGUUUUUUUCUUCUUUCUUUGACAACUAGACGAGUGCGUGAAGUAAAAAAUUGAUGCCGAGAGGGAUAAUUAAUUCUUCAACUUGUGUACUUCUGUUUACCUGCUGAGACGUAAAGCAGUAAGCCAUAAUCAUUGUAAUAAUUAUUCUCGAUUGAGGUGUAUGAUUUCGAAAGUAUAAGUGCGCUAACAAAAAGUAAGAAAGAAGAAAAUGUCAUAUAAAAUAUUGAAAAAACAAUAUUAUUGUAGAAUAAUAAAUUUAGAAAUAUUAGUCUUCUAAUGAUAAGAAAAUACCGUUUUUUCUGGUUCGUGGAAGUAAUCACUACUACAAUACCAUACUUAUGCAUAUUCGUAUAUAAUCUUAAGCACAGUAGCUUUAGAAAAUAAAUCUUCUAAGAAUAGAAUUUCUUUGCUCACCGUAUUAUAUAUUUGCGUGCGAAUUCAGCGAGCAAAAAGCAUUUCAUUCUUGUCAUUGUACUUUUGAAAGAUUCUGAGAAUCGUACAUCGAUCGGACUUUAAAGUAUGCGUUUCUUAUCUUAGCUUUUUCCGUUUUACUGAAUAUAUUUUUGGUACCUUGAUUUUAGGUUCAUACAUUAGGCUGUCGAAAUUAAUGAUAUACACGUUACGCUUAGGAUUUUUUACGUAGCAUAAAAAGUCAAAAUAAAAAACGAUUCAUAAUUAAAAGAAAAGAUAUUUUCGAUACAAUUUGUAUUUUGUUAUUUGAAGUUAUAAUUUUUCGGCCAAACUUAAGUAUAUAUGGAUAAAUAUAUGUAUUAGCGAUCGAAGAUUGUAUUUCUGAAUGUGCAUCCUUUCCUUUCGUCAUUGUGACAAUAACCAGUGUGGUCAGAAAGGGAAGUGACUAUUAUCUGCUAUUUUUUUUUUGUAAGAAGAUGGCUUCAAUUAUAUUAUACGUAUGAAAGGAUGCAUGAAGGAUAUUGAUAUAGACUUAUAAGAGAGUCCCGCUGAAUUUUUUUUCCAAGUCUUGGUACUUUUUUUCUUUUUUUUCAUAUUGAAUAUAUUACUAAUUAACGUCGAUUGUGUGACUAGCAAUUGAUCUGAAAACUCUGUAUCACCUUACUGAAUAAAGAGCUAGGCGUGUUUAA